AUGAAAAAUUGGUUGAUGCCAGAUAAAGAUCCUUUUAAAGCAGCUUGCAAACAAUGUAGAACUACCAUGGUAGCUGAACUGACAAAUUUAAAAUCCCAUGCAAAAGGGAUUAAACAUAAACAGAUGGAAGCUGCUGAGCAUACUAUUCCUUUUUUAGCAGCAGAUCAUUUACCUGAUUUAUUAAAAGAAUGUUUUCCGGAUUCAAAAAUUGUUCAAGGUAUUAAUAUGAAAAGAACUAAAACGAGUGCAAUAGUAAAAAAUGUAAUUGGUGUAACAGCAAAGGAAGAGCUAUCAGAUAUUUUAAAAACAAGAAAAUUCAGCAUCUUAACAGAUGAGUCCACAGAUAUUUCAUCGGUUAAGACAUCAUGUGUUGUUGUAAGGUAUUUUAAUCAAAAAACUAAAAUUGUAGUGAGUAAGUUUUGGGAUUUACAUCCCGUUUACACUGAAAAUGCAUGUAUAGCUACUGCUGAAAGAUUGUUUACUUUGUUGAUGGAAUCAUUUUCAAAAUUUAACAUUCCUGAAGCUAAUAUUAUUGGGUUUGGAUCUGAUGGUUGUAAUGUGAUGAUGGGCGCUUCAAACUCAGUUGCAUCUCGUUUUAAAGAAAAAUUUCCGGGCAUAUUCGUUCUUAAAUGUGUUUGCCACUCUGCACAUUUAUGUGCAAGUGACGCUUGCAAAGAGCUUCCUCAAAAUUGUGAAGAUUUUGCUAGAAAUGUUUUCAAUUUUUUAAAAAGUAGCUCUAAACGACAAGCUGAAUUUUUACAAUUUCAAUCAUUCUUGCAAGUUGAACCUCACAAAAUAUUGCACCCAUCGCAAACUCGUUGGCUGUCAUUAAAUUUAGUUAUUGGAAGGAUUCUCGAACAAUGGCAAGCACUAAAAUUAUAUUUUACUGACAUUUGGUUAAAUCAGCGCUUGCUGUGUGCAGAACAUAUUUACAAAGCUUUAAAUAAUCCAUUCACAAAACUAUAUUUUUACUUUUUGGAAUGGAUAUUACCAAAGUUCACAAGAUUUAAUCUCUAUUUUCAAACCCAAAAAGUUGUGAUAACUGAACUUCAUGACAUGGUUAUUGAACUUUACCAAGUUGUAUUGUUGUGUUUCUUGAAACGAGAAUAUGUGACACAAAAUCUUACAGAUGUUAACCCGAAAAAUAGUCAAUAUCAAGUCAUUGAUAGAAACUUGUAUUUAGGUGCUAAAGUUAUGUUGCACAUUGACGAUAAAGAAAUAGUAGAUAAUAAUAUUUGUAGAAAAGAUUUUUUCGAAAGAUGCUGGAAGUUUUUACAGAAUGCAUCCUGUGAAAUUAAAAAAAGGUAUAAUAUGAGUGAUGAAGUACUAUCAAAAUUGUCAAUUUUAAAGCCACAAAAUGCAGUUUCACUAGCUUACCGAGAAAAUUGUCCUUCCUCAAUUCCGCUGAUUAAAGUUGUACCAAGAUUGGUUGAUAAUGAUAUUUUGAUCCAACAAAUUGAUGACCAGUGGAGAAAUUUACCAAUAGCUUUAGCAAAACAUCCUAAUGAAGAUAUUAUUAAUUUACCAGUAGAUACAUUUUUGUGGAAAAUUCAAAAUUAUUCCAAUACCUUCAUUGAAUUAUGUACAUUUGCGCUUGAUGUUAUGUGUUUGCCCCAUGCGAAUGCGGAUUGUGAAUGGGUAUUUUAG